UCUCGCAGGAAGCCAGCCAGGCCCGCCCGCCCGCUUGCGCACUCCCAAGGCCGCCGCGCCCGGAGGAAACUGACGCGUCUGCAAACGCCGGAGGAGGGGAAGACACCGCGGCGCGCCCCGAGAACUCCAUGGCUGCCAUCGCCUCCCGGACGGAGUCUCCCGGCACAGACGUCUUUGCCUCUCGCCACGGUGCCUUCAUCGUCCGCUCAGACCUGGGUUACUUCCUUCAAGCUCUGGACUUCUCCUCAGGUCAGGAUCUCAAGGUGUGGGAGCUGCACCCAGCCUGUCGUGGUGGGGACCACUAUGUGGGAGACCCGUCCAGUUCUGCCAUAUACCUCCUCCGUGGGGACACGGUCUUCAAAGUCCUGGACCUGAGCUCUGAACCUCCCAGCGGCGCCCUCCCUUUGCACUCCAGCUGCCGAGGGGGUGACCAUUACGCCUUUUGUGAGGGCCGCUUCUUCAUCUUUUUCCUGGCACGUGGCGUGGUCCUCUCUGUGGCUGACUUGGUCACUGGAAGCGCAGCUAAAGAGAGCAGUCUGGAGUCCACGUUUAUUCAUGGAUUGUAUUAUUACGGGUCUGACGCCACUCGCCUUGCCUGCUUCAAGAUGGACGCAGAAAAUGGCCUUCGUGGCCACCGGUUAUCUACAGCAGGAGACGAAGAGGUCUUCUCCGUCCACCCCGACAUCGUCUCAUUCCUCCCUGGUGGCCUGGCUGUCACUUGUGGGCCUGCCUUUGGAGCUUGGGAGUGUCUGAAACUGAUCUCCAAUGCCACAGACCUGCCUGUGCCCGGCAGCCAUGAAAUCACAAGGAAAGUAGGGUAUUCCAAGACAGUGUUAGGCCAAAAAUUCUCCAUCUCCGGAUCUCUGGAUUCCGAGUCAUUGGCCGUCUCCCUUCUCCAGGCUCAGUUUUCGCUCCCCACCGCUUAUGGGGGGAUGGGGCUGCGAACGGAACAGGAAGAGUGGGAGGAAGUGGCUGAAGAAGGGGAGCCCUUACGGGUGAUCUUGCAGCCGAGGCAGAAGCUGUAUUGGUGGCAGUACCGCCUAGGCUUGGGCAAAGAGCCAACCCUGUUCUGCCGGUCUCUGAAGGUCACCCGCAGCCCUUCGCCCCCUACCCAUAUACCUCUGCCGCUGGCUGACUCUUGAUUCCUCUUGGUGGUGGGUGAAAUAAAAAAGGUACCAACUUC